CUUCCAGGCAGAGCGUGCCUGACAACCCGGAGAGAUUCGACUGUCGGCCUUGUGUCCUGGGCCUGGAGAGCUACUCCUCAGGGAGACAUUACUGGGAGGCUGAAGUUCCCGACAAACUCAAGCCCACCAGCAUCUUGCUGCCCAGAAAGGUUGGAGAUGGCAGUCUUUCCAAACUCCUGCCUCCUGGGGUGUCUGCUUAUUUUCAUUCUCCUCCAGCUGCCCAAGCUGGAUUCUGCUCGCUUUGACGUGAUCGGACCCCCGGAGCCCAUCCUGGCGGUGGUGGGUGAAGAUGCAGAGCUACCCUGUCGCCUCUCCCCCAACGUGAGCGCCGAGGGCAUGGAGCUGCGCUGGUUCCGGGAGAAGGUCUCGCCCGCGGUGUUCGUGAGCCGAGAAGGGCGAGAGCAGGAGGGAGAGGAGAUGGCUGAGUACCGGGGAAGAGUGUCGCUGGUGCAGGACCAUAUCGCCGAGGGCAGCGUCGCUGUGAGGCUACAGGAGGUCAAAGCCUCUGAUGAUGGGCAGUACAGAUGCUUUUUCAGGCAGGACGAAAACUACGAAGAGGCCAUCGUCCAUCUGAAGGUGGCUGCUCUGGGCUCUGAUCCUCACAUCAGUAUGGAAGUUCAAGAGAGCGGAGAGAUCCAGCUGGAGUGCACCUCAGUGGGAUGGUACCCAGAGCCCCAAGUACAGUGGCGAACUCACAAGGGAGAAGAAUUUCCAUCCAUGUCAGAGUCCAGGAAUCCUGAUGAAGAAGGUUUGUUUACUGUGAGAGCUUCAGUGAUCAUCAGGGAUACCUCCAUGAAGAAUGUGUCCUGCUGUAUCCGGAACCUCCUUCUUGGCCAGGAGAAAGAAGUAGAGAUUUCCAUACCAGCCUCCUUCUUCCCAAGGCUGACUCCCUGGAUGGUGGCUGUGGCUGUCAUCUUGGUGGUCCUAGGACUUCUCACAAUUGGGUCCAUAUUUUUCACUUGGAGACUAUACAAGGAAAGAUCCAGGCAGAGGAGGAAUGAAUUCAGCUCUAAAGAGAAACUCCUGGAAGAGCUCAAAUGGAAAAAGGCUACAUUGCAUGCAGUGGACGUGACUCUGGAUCCAGAUACUGCCCACCCCCACCUCUUUCUGUAUGAAGAUUCAAAAUCUGUCCGACUGGAAGAUUCACGUCAGAAACUUCCUGAGAAACCAGAGAGAUUUGACUCCUGGCCCUGUGUGAUGGGUCGUGAGGCCUUCACCUCGGGGAGACAUUACUGGGAGGUGGAGGUGGGAGACAGGACGGACUGGGCAGUUGGGGUGUGUAGGGAGAAUGUGACAAAGAAAGGAUUUGACCCCAUGACUCCCGAGAAUGGGUUCUGGGCUGUGGAGCUGUAUGGAAAUGGGUACUGGGCUCUCACCCCACUGCGGACCCCUCUCCCACUGGCUGGACCCCCCCGCCGGGUUGGGGUCUUCCUUGACUAUGAAUCAGGAGACAUCUUCUUCUACAACAUGACUGAUGGAUCCCAUAUCUAUACUUUCUCCAAGUCCUCUUUCUCUGGUCCCCUCCGGCCCUUCUUCUGCUUGUGGUCCUGUGGUAAAAAGCCCCUGACUAUCUGCCCAAUCACUGAUGGGCUUGAGGGAGUCACAGUAGUUGCUGAUGCCAAGGACAUUUCGAAGGAGAUCCCACUGUCCCCCAUGGGGGAGGACUCUGCCUCCGGGGAUAUAGAAACCCUCCAUUCUAAACUAAUCCCUCUCCAGCCCAGCCAAGGGGUGCCUUAAGAAAUACUCCAGCUCAGCUCUUUCCCUCUACUCUAACCCCCUCUUCCACCACUCCCAGGGCUUCAUCUGCCAGCUUUACUCAGCCCCUGUUUCUUCCUGUUGGGUAGGGAUUAAUUAAUCUUGAGAAGGUUGUGUUGCUGCUGAUAGAGUGUGAGGAAUAGGCCCUUCCUAAUCUGUUUCUGUAACAAUAGUCAAGGGGCAGGGAGGUGACUCAAACUGCUUCUUGUGGUCUCCCAUCCCAGAGGCCAAAUCCUCUAGAGAGGGAAUUGCAGUUCGGGCAUCAAGAUGGAGUUAGGUCGGCAUGGGGUUUUGACAGAAACAUCUUGGUGUCCAGGAUAGGGGUUAUAGAGGAAUAGGUUUUAAGGAAGCAGAAAACCCAAAGGGUUCUGGGAAGGGAAAACCAGUGGCUGAAAUCCCAUAAAGGAACUUGGAGGGGACAUCAUGAUAGAGGAAAAUGAGGUGAACUCAGGCCAGCGAUGGACCUCUGACUUGUCCCUGGAGUUAUAAGGCCCACAUCUCAGUUUUUCUAAGUCAUUCCUACAGGGUGGAUCUGAGCAAUGGGAAGGGGAGUAAAGAAGGUGAGGAGGUCAGAUAGAAUGAGAGAGGAGAGAAUUUUAAACAAAAUGCAAAGGGGCUCUUUCCAACCUCACUUUGCUGAUUCCACAAGUUGCUGGUUCUCUUCUUCCUUUUGAUCUAGAAUCUCUCCACUUCAGAGGCAUUUUCAGGCAUCAUCUUUCAGUGAUAUCACCACUUUAUUGGCCAUUGUCUCAUGGCCAAUGGCCAUGUUUCACCAACAUGUGGUUUAAAACUGCUCAACCACACCUUUAAUUAGGUUUAACCACCAUCCACUUCCAUACUGAGCCACGAAUCACUCUCUCCCCACCCAACUUUCCUACUUGCUGCUUCUCCUCAGGGUACCCUGAAAGUUGCAUCAUUGUGCUCAGCACAGCUAGAUUGAUUGCAUUUGUUUGUAUUUGCAUUUUCCUGUAUAUGUGUGUCUUGUCCAGGCUCCCACCUUCCAUUUCCAUUGGGUUUUCCAGGAUCAAUGUCACCCAUGGUCUUAACCUAAUAAAUAAGUCUGUCUGAUUGUUGAAAACA